AUGGCGCGGGAUACUUAUUCGCAGCGCUCCCUCGGGACCUUGUCUAGGCGCAUCAAAGAGUCGCGCGUUCUUCUCGUCGGUGCCGGUGGCAUCGGUUGCGAACUGUUGAAAAACCUCCUGCUCUCCGGCUUCGGUGAAAUCCACAUCAUCGACCUAGACACAAUAGAUCUGAGCAACCUGAAUCGCCAAUUCCUCUUCCGCCUCGAACACAUCUCCAGGCCCAAGGCAUUGGUUGCGAAAGAUGUCGCUCACAAAUUUAACCCGAAAGCGACGCUGGAAGCCUAUCAUGCGAACAUAAAGGACAGCAGAUUCAACGUGGACUGGUUUGGGCAGUUCAAGAUCGUUUUCAACGCCCUAGAUAAUCUCGAUGCUCGUCGUCAUGUCAACCGAAUGUGCCUGGCUGCGGAUGUACCGUUGAUCGAGAGCGGGACGACGGGAUUCAACGGGCAGGUGCAGGUGAUCAAGAAGGGUGUGACCGAAUGCUACGAUUGCAAUUCCAAAGAAGUACCCAAGUCGUUCCCCGUUUGCACCAUCCGCAGCACCCCGAGCCAACCCAUCCAUUGCAUUGUCUGGGCUAAAAGUUACCUCUUCCCUGAGCUUUUUGGCAUCAGCGAGGACGAAACACCUGAGCUCGACAAUACGGAAGAUAACGAGAAUGCGGAGGAGAUUGCGAAUCUCCGGAGAGAAGCCCAAGCGCUGGCCGAGAUCCGCCAAUCUAUGGGAUCCUCCGAGUUCGCCCAGAGGGUGUUUGAGAAGGUGUUCACAAACGACAUAGACCGGCUACGUGGAAUGGAGGACAUGUGGAGAACCCGCGAGCCUCCCACGCCGCUCAACUUCGAGACGUUGCAAGAGAAGUCCACCAAUCUCCAGCCCACCGUAUCAAAUGACGACCAAAAAGUAUGGUCGCGGGCGGAAAACUUUGUUGUUUUUAAAGACAGCCUGGAUCGACUGAGUAGACGCCUAAGAGAUCUUCAAGAGUCGUCGAAUGGCGAUACCAGGCCAACCCUGACCUUUGACAAGGACGACGUUGACACGCUGGAUUUCGUCACAGCCACUGCUAACCUGCGCGCCACGAUAUUUGGGAUUGACUCGAAAUCCAAAUUCGACACUAAACAAAUGGCCGGAAACAUCAUUCCUGCGAUCGCCACCACGAAUGCGAUGACCGCUGGACUUUGUGUUCUACAGGCCAUGAAAGUGUUGAAUAAUGAUUACGAAAAUGCGAAGAUGAUCUUCCUCGAGCGUUCGGGGGCGCGCGCGAUAAACUCCGACUCACUGAAACCGCCAAAUCCCAAUUGCCCAGUAUGCUCUGUCGCCCACAGCAAACUCAUAUUUGACCCGGAUCGUGCUACAGUUGGCAAUCUAGUGAAAGACAUCCUUGAAGCGCAACUUGGCUACGGAGAGGAAGUAUCGAUUAGCACCGAACAGGGAAUCCUAUACGAUUUAGACUUGGAAGACAAUCUUCCGAAGAAACUAUCUGAGAUGGGAAUUCACAAUGAAACGUUCAUCACGGUCGUGGACGAAGAGGAUCAGGAGCCUCGCGUGAAUCUCGAACUAAUCGCCUCUACACACAAACCUAAAAGUACCGACGAGGAGAAAACUGUCUCCCUAGUCAAGCUACCGGAGAUCCCGCGCAAACCUAAGAACCCCGCGCCCGCCCCUGAAGAACAAACGAACGGCCAUACUGGCGCCGGCCGCAAACGUGAUGCCGAAACGGCAGGCCUCAGCAACGGCGAGGGUGAAAGCGUUAAACGAGUCGCCAAUGUGUCUGCUGCCGACGGCGGACACAACGGUGAACGUAACGGCGACGGAGCACAUCCGAUCGUUCUUGAUGAGGCGCAAAAUGGCGGAGCCAUCUUGAUCGACGACGACUAA